AUGACAGUACUCAACAUUGACACUCUCAUCCGACGGCACCUUGUGAAUUGCAAUGUUCCUAUUCAGGACGGGCAUGACGUCGAAGCGGAUCUGGCGACCGCCAUAGACGCUGUGUGCGUUGACACUAAUUGGAGGUCCUGUGCAAAUUGGCUACAACAGGGGUUGGGUAUCUCCAAUCGGACUGCUUUCUCUCGAGAACUGUUGAGAAUCUACCACGCUUACGGCCACUGCUUAGCGAGAAAUAUGGCCUGCCAUAUCAGUGAUAGCAUUCUAUCAACUCUGUUACGCCAACAGAACUGGAGGGAGUACGUUGUAUGUACUCUAUGCGGCCUGGCCUUUUAUGAGCGUCCUCCAGUCGAGUUCCAUCCAGAGGAUACUGUCGAUGCCUUCGUGCAGGCCAAAAAUCAGUACGGAGUGCUUACUUGGGGAAGGAGACACGGCCGCGGGUGGGCGUGGAGUAAUCUUGUCUUCAGUGGCUCACCAGCGGUCUGCCUCCUGUGGCCAGCGGGACGGGAUGAUCUCGCGGAAAUCGAGGAUAAUGUGGGAUUCUGCUACGAAUGUGGGUUGAGUGUGCUCAGCCAUCUCGGCAUUGACGAUGCCUACCUCGCUCGUAUAUUCGGCCGUAUAAUUGCUGCAGGCCGCAGACAAACCAUUCCAGCGAUUUUGUCGCUUGAUUAUGCGAUGCGACACAUGGCUCAGGAAAAGCGUUCUGCUCAUACUGCUGCCACCAAUCAGCUUCGGGUCGCAAAGCCCUGUCCAGAAUAUGAUAUAAUUGUGUGGGAUUUUGCCGAGAACAACUUCAUGCAAUACCAUGAUGAUACGCAACACGGUGAAGGCAUCAACGCUACAAACGGGUAUGUAGUAACUGAUCUUGUCCACCAAAUUGUGGAUGUCGGAGCGGAGAUGGCCACAGACACGAGCUCCUCAUGCACCGUACACCGUACCUCUCGGACGACAGGUGAAGCGGUCGCCUCUGACUUAUGGGUACUGUCUGCUUACCGACACCCUUGCGAGGAAUGGGCGUCUACGGCCUGGAAAAUUGCCCAUGAAGAGAUCAUUAGAAGUAAGCCGUUGCGAGUUCAUGACGAAAGCUGCCGGGAUGGGCUUACGAAGCUGUUUGACAAGCCUUACACAGUUGUGCCUGAUGAUGUGGUGCGCAGUGUGGAGUGUGUAUGCAGUAAGUGUGCGGAGAUUCAAGACACUGCGUACAAGAUUACAACUAUCGCCGACGGCGAAGACUGGCAACAGGAAUGUGAAGAGACCCGGGAGUGGACAGCCAAAUGUAUACUCCACCUGACAGUAUGCCAAUGCAGCGAUGUCAAUAUCAAGCGAGAAAAUGAAAUUCUUCUUUCCUGGACAUACUUCACCAGCCCGAAGUGCCUUGCCGUCAUGGUUGGCUCAAUACUCUGCAGCAAUCCAACAGCAAAAAUGGCAUCGGAACGCCCGGAUGACGCUAUCACGCUCGCCGAGUUGAAGGUCUGA